AUGGAGAAUGACGGUGAUAUAGUGGCACGUUGGACGGUGCCUUUACAAGAUCACAUUCAUGUAAUCGAAUUCGAGCACGGUACGACGACUGGUCGAAGAGUGCUUCGUGUUGACGGAAAGGAAAUCUUAAAACGAGAAUGGAUGUUCAAACUUGUCGGCAAGGAGCAUUUCAAUGUGGCCAAUGCAAAAUGCCAGGUUACUGUCGAGGCAAUGGGCACUUUCGCAUACAAUUAUUCUUUAGAAGUGAAUGGAAAGAAAUAUGAAACAUUUCGUGAAGAGCAAAAGCGAAAAUUGCUUACUUGGGAGACAAAUGUUUCUGGACAAGAGACAAGGAUUUGUUUAGAUAAAGACACAAUGGAAGUAUGGGCAAAUGGAAAGAAAAUAGAUACAGCUGGUGAAUUUGUGGAGGGCGGAUCGGAGACACAUUUUGAGUUGAAUCGUCAAGUUUGCGUGAUCAGAGCGAUCUCAACUGGCCGCAAGAAAACCGGCGUCGCACACGAGCUUUAUGUGAAUAACACGCACAUUCCGCGAGCGUCUACUGAGAAA